ACAGCACAUGGUUCUAAAUUAAUUUUUUUCCUUUAUUUUGUCAUAAAGUUGUUUUAUGUCUAGCAAUUUAGGGUUACCCAUGGAAGGAGAAUUACAUGGAAAUGAAGGCAACAAUAAUAUGAUGGAAGGGCGGCCUAUGGCUCCAGCAGCAGAGAAUGUUGACCUUGCUCUGCCACCUGCAAUUGUGCCUCCUGCUGCUGCUCGGUAUAAUAAUUCAUCUGUAGCUCCUCUUCUAAGAUCAAUGAACUCUGAUCUGCCUAGUUUUGUGACUUUUCAAAACCGCACUGAACGUCCUGUUGAUGUUUACUGGGUUAACUUCGCAGGAAAAAGUGUCCUCUACAAGACACUACCUGCUCAAAGUAAAUUGUCAGUGAACACGUAUGAAACUCAUCCAUGGAUAUUCCGUGACCAUCAGACUCGUGCAAAAUUGGUGGUAAAUUGCCAGGAAGUGUUCACGCCAAAGCAUUAUAUUGGGGCCCUUGGAGUUGAUGCUGCUAAUGAAGUUGCACCUCUAAGACAAACUUUUGACAUCACCAUUCCCAUCUACACUCUCAAGGACUGUGCCACACAGGUGCUACUUAAUCACGUGUGUGAUCGUGACAAACUUCACCAGCUUCACUUACCCUCUACUCUGCUGCAGGAGCUGCAAUCUGCUGCUGACCUCAGGGACUCAACUGGAGCUUACCUUUGAAUCUCAAACAUUC